UGUAACGGAGAGAUUCAUUUAUUCAGUCGUUCCGAUGAUCCGUCAAUCAGUGAUUAUUGUAAAAAAAUAUUAAAUUACUGUUUGCAAAAUAUCUUGCAUGAGGAAAAAGCUGAAAGUUGUUAAUUUCAAGUGAUUACAUCGAUAACAUGAUCAUUGCGUGAAAUAUAAAUACGAUAACAAUGGCAUUUUUGGAGUGGCGAAAAUUUUCAUUUUUCGACAUCCACAAGAACGUUGACAAUGGAAAAGUAGCAGAAUGUUUGCAAGAUACAAAUGUGACUGCGACAACCAGUGGAAACGGUCAUGUGGUGCUGUGCGAUGUCACGGGGUGGGCUCACCUGAUCUCCCGCUCCUGGGAGGUCACCUCGUUCAAGGCUUAUGAGUUGACCGUGACGUUGGCACAGCAGUUGCCACAUAAUCCUUAUCUAGUUACUAUUGGGGAGGACGAACCCGGCGUGAACCCUCUGAUCAAGGUGUGGGACUGGUCCCGCAGCGACCGGCACGGCAACCCCACGUGCGCAAGAGUGUCCCGCGCCGUGCCCUCUCAUAUGAGGCCUACGCCUGCCACUGCACUCGCUGUCCAUGAUAAUAAGAGUCUGAUGGCAGUUGGUUUCCUGGACGGGUCCGUGUCACUAUUCCGCGGCGACAUCGCUCGACAGCGCAGCGGUAAAAUGAGGACUUUGCCCGAAACCGGCACAAGUCCUAUUACUGCUCUGGCUUUCAAAGGCUUGGACAAGCUGUUCGUGGUGUCCCGCGCGGCGGUGGCGGUGGUGUGGCUGGGGUCGGAGCGCGGCGCCACGCUGGACGCCAUGGGCGCCGCGCCCGCCUGCGCCGUGCUCGCCAACGGCGGCAGGCUCACCAUCGCUAAUAAUGAUGCUCUAUACUGCUACACAACAGAAGGACGCGGACCCUGCUAUGCCCUCGAAGGCGAGAAAGUUCGCCUAGACUGGUUCCGCAGCUACCUAGUCAUCACCACCAACGAGACGCCGAACAAGUCAGCAGCUUCCACCAGCUCGGCCCCAACACCAAAAUCCCACCACCUCACCAUUCUAGACAUACAAAACAAAUUCAUCGUCUUCUCAAAGACUUUUGAUGAAAUUGACGCAGUGCUAACUGAAUGGGGGUCAUUUUAUAUCCUCACGAAGAAUAAAGAGGUUAUAUAUUUGGAAGAAAAAGAUUUACAGUCGAAGUUGUCUCUGCUUUUUAAAAAGAAUUUGUAUGAUGUUGCUAUAAGGAUUGCGAGCAGCCAGCAUUAUGAUGAGAGCGGGUUGACGGAGAUCUAUAAGCAGUAUGGUGAUCAUUUGUAUAGUAAGGGAGACCUAAAAGGCGCUAUAGAACAAUACGUAAAAACUAUAGGCUGGUUAGAAACUGCGUACGUGAUCCGCAAAUACCUAGAAUCCCGUCAUCUAGAACCCCUGGUUAUUUACUUAGAAGAACUACAUAAGAAGAAGGGAUGUGCCACGGAGGACCAUACAACGUUGCUACUAACUUGUUACAUGAAGAUAGACCAGCAUGACCAACAAGGAAAGUUGAAGGAAUUCAUCAAUUCUAAGGAUAAAGCUAUCGAUUUUGAUGUCGAUGUUGCUAUUAAGGUGAUGCGCAAAGUAAGCGUAGACGACGCCCUCUCUCUAUCCGCGAACCACAAGCGUCACGACUGGUUCCUCAAGAUGAUGAUAGAAGACAAAAAGGAUUACCGCAAGGCUUUGGACUAUAUCGUGGAGCUGGAGUUCGAUGAUGCUGAUCUGUAUAUGAAGAAGUAUGGGCAUAGGCUGAUACAGCAUGAACCGGAGGAGAGCACUAAGUUUCUUAAGUUGCUAUGUACAGACUACAAGCCCCGCAGCAAGCCGCUGGUAGACGAAGCAACACUGUCUGGUACCCCGCGAGACACACUCUGCGCGUUACCAGACGAUUACAUACAUAUGUUCCUGAGCAACUCGGAGAAACUGAUCGACUUCCUAGAGCAUAUGACUAACAGUCAGCAGGACUGUUCGAAGCUUGUGUAUGAUGCGUUGAUUGAACAUUAUAUUCAUGUGUGGGCAAAAUCUCCCGAAAGCGAGAAGAAGGAAUACGAAGAAAAAGUUCUUCGUGUGCUCCGUAACCCAGAAGCUAACUACGACAAAGACCAGACGCUCAUCAUCUGUCAGAUGUUAGGCUUUCAAGCUGGCGUGCUGUAUCUAUAUGAAGAGAAUAAGCUUUGGCGAGCACAAGUAGCCCUCCACCUACGAAGCGGUGAUGCUGAAGCAGCCCUAGCAGUGUGCAGACGACGCGGAGCCCUGUGCCCGCGGCUGUGGCUGGACGUGCUGUGGGCGCCGCCGCCGCCGCGCUGCCUGCCCGAGCUGCUCAACGUCAUCGCCAACGAGAAGCUUCUGUCGCCCAUUCUAGUCAUCGACUGUCUCGCUAGCACACCUACCUACACACUAGGAGAUGUUAGAAAGUACCUGACAGACGUUCUAAAAUCCGAGAACGACGUAAUCACCCGUGAACAGCAACUAUCAAACAAGUACAGAGAAGAGAGCUCUCGCAUGAAGGAGCUGACCUCGGUACUGCAGCGACAGCCCGUCGUCUUCCAGUCCUCGCGCUGUGCUGUGUGUAAUAAGCCGUUGGAACUGCCUACUAUGCACUUCUUGUGUCAGCAUUCUUUUCAUCAGAGUUGUUUCACAACAUACGCGGAAUCAGAAAACGAGUGCGUGGUAUGCGCGAACGCGCGGCGCCGCCCCGACUCGCAGCCGCAGAUCGCUGAGACCCUACACGCGAGACUGCACAACGAACACGACCCUUACGCAGUGGUAUCAGAGUACUACGGGCGCGGUCUCUUCAACAAGUUGACCGUCGUGACGGAGGGAGGCGUGGUGGAGCCCCCGGCCCCAGCGCCCCUGGCCCCAGCCCCGGCUCCUGUGCCUGCCCCGGCGCCGCAGCCCUACGGUCCUGGUGCUGAAGCUAAGCUGAGGCAGAUGGAGGGACAGAGUAAACAAGUAUACGUAGCAAACGCAGCAAAACAAGUAGCACCGAAAGGCACAACAGUAGUCCCAGUACCAGAAGGCAGAAUGAGACUCAUCGAGCAACAACGAUACAGUUCCAGCUUAGAAGCCAACCUCAACAAGUUGGAACCAGUUCACAAACCGUCCCCCUACUCCUCCCCAAUGACGGCCAAGAAACGCUUCGAAGAAAAACCACAAAGUACCGGAGUAUCUCCUGUAGUACAGAACAUAUCUUCGGCAAUAAGCAACGGAGCUAGUAAAAACCCUUUCGAAGACCCGUACGAUGAAACUAAGAACCCGUUUGCGGAAGAAGCGACGGAACCCACGAACCCGUUUAGCGAGGACGACGAUUAUGAUAGCAAUUAUAAUCCGUUUUCGUGAAGUGCCACGUGAUUGGUGACUUUUGUGAUGUUUUGAGGCUGUUUAGCUACGUUUUUUCAGUACCGAAUGAUAAGUACCUAUGUGCAAAUACAUAGAGUAUUUAUUCUAUUUGUGUACUGUGCUCAAUAGUGCUGCAAAGUUUAUCAUAAAGCGCUUAGUACACGGGGCAACUUCACAUGACACUUUUUUAAUAGUAAAGUUGCUAUGAAUGCGCAAAAUCCCAUUUAAUAAUACGAUAAAAGCAGUUGUCAGCUACUGUAAUAGUUGCUCCAUGUUCCAAGCCCCUAAAAUAAAUUUUUGGCUACUUUUUUUUAAUGUAUGGCAAAAUUAAGCAAACGGACUGCAUGUAUAUAGUGUAAACAAAUGUAUGUUGCUUUAUUAAAGUACCACGAAACGAAAAAAUAUGUAAAAGUGUAAAUAUCACUUUAUAUUGCACUGCUAAGCCUCAGCUAAUGUAUUUUGUGGGCGUUGCUGAUCGGUAGCGAUUUGUAACAUUGACGAGCGCAAACCGUCGCAGUUAGGAAAGCCAAAAAGUUUGGUGCCUUAUGUAUAUAAUGUUAAAAUGCCUAAAAUGUAUUAAAAUUCCAUCAAUCAGGAAUUUCUUCAGUCUUACCUCUUUCCUUAAUAAAAUAUGGACUGCAAAUGAUCUUCAAUAAAGUAAAUUUUAAUAAUAUGACUCGCAUCUUUCAUAAAUUAUGCAAUAUUUUAAAUCACCUUUCUUUAAACUUCUUGCAAUGAAAGAAACGCUAAAAGACUGCAAUGGAUUUUAUAACAAUAGAUCAUUAUUUCACGUAUUUUUGUUUUAUAGAAAGCAUGCUUUAAGUCAAUAGAGAAUAUAUUUGAUUAUUACGAUUUAUUUAUACCGAACAAUAGAUUCAUUUAUUAACAAAUCUUCAUUAGUGCUAUUGUCGUAAUAUUUAAUGUUAUGUAUGUAGUUACUAUAAUAUAGGUCUGAUUACUUCAAAUAUAAUAUAUUCUUUUGUAAUGUUAUUUUUCAUGUAUAAUUUUGACUUGUUAGAAAUUACACAUUUUAUUUUAACCUAGUCAAAAUAAAUCCAAACUAAUAUUAUAAAUGCGAAAGUAAGUCUGUCUGUCUGUCUGUCUGUCUGUCUGUCUUUUCUUCACGCCUAAACUACUGAACCGAUUUGUGUGAAAUUUGGUACAGACAUAGUUUGAAACUUGAGAAAGGACAUAGGAUAGUUUUUAUUACAGAAAAUAAAAAUAAAAAAUAAAAUUUAUUACGGACAUAUAGCGCCAUCUAUUGGUCAAAUCAAAAAUCUGCUGGUAGUCACUAUUCCACGCGAACGAAGUUGCGGGCAAAAGCUAGUAUGAUAUAUUAUUAUACUACGUUGAAUAUCGUGUCUCAAAAUGUAUUGUGAAAUAUUUAUACAUUCCUCAAUAAUUUUCAAUAUUACACGGACACUGAGUAAACUAUGUAAGUACUGUAUUUAAGCGAUAUCCGUUUUGUAUCAUUAUUAUGUGAUAAUAAAAGAUAUAAUGUAAGUUAU